CAGGUUAUUCAAUAUUUAUGUAUUUUUAUGUUGUAUUGUAUGUAAGUUUAAAUAUUGUUGUGCAAAAGUUUAUAGUACCAAAGACUGAAAUUUACUCGGAAGCGACCAUCAGUGGUGUUUUUAUAUUGUGAACAAUUUCAUUUGGAAAAAUGUUAUCACGAUUUUCUACUUUACGAUCCUUAUUUAAAGUGGAAAAUGUAUUAUUACUCAGGAGAUACAGUUCCCAAAAUACUAUUAAUUUGUCGGAUCCAGCAGUCCAGACAUUUCUUAAAAAUUUAAUGGUUGAACAUGACAAUUUACAUACAAAAUCACGACGAACCCUGGAAGAGGCGAAACGUCUUCAAGAAAUCAAACCAAUAGUGACUGUUCUUGAUCAAAGGAUUACGUUAUUUGACAGCAUCGAAUCGCUAAAGGAACUAAACAAACGAGAUGGUCAAGAUGAAGAAAUGCAGAAAUUGAUUAAAGAAGAGGCUCAAUUGUAUUUGAAGCAUAUCAAAGAAAUAGACAAUGAGUUGCAAUCGAUACUGCUCGAGCCUUAUUUUACAGAAGGUGGUGUGAUGGUGGAAGUUGUAGCUGGUGCCGGUGGACAAGAAGCCAUGUUGUUUGCUAGAGAAUUAUUGUCUUUAUAUGAAUCAUAUGCCAAUUACAAAGAUUGGGAGGUUGAUAUAGCAUCUUUAGAUGUGUCUGAUAUUGGUGGUAUAAGAAAGGGGUCAUUGCUAAUCAAUGGUCUAGGAGCUCCUGAGUUAAUGAGAAUGGAGGCUGGAGUUCAUCGUGUCCAAAGAAUUCCAGUAACUGAAAAAGGAGGUCGCAUACAUACAAGUACUGUGUCAGUCGCUGUCCUCCCGCAGCCAACUGAGGUAGAAUUGAAUAUCCCUGAUCGUGACUUGUCAAUAGAAACGAAAAGAGCGAGUGGUGCGGGUGGCCAGCAUGUGAACACUACAGACAGUGCUGUAAGAAUCCUUCAUGUACCAACAGGAACAGUUGUUGAAUGCCAAGAGGGAAGAUCUCAAAUUAAAAACAAACAGAUAGCUAUGCAGAAAUUAAGGACAUUGUUACUUCAAAAGCAACUAGAAGAGCAGUCUAGUAAAAUUAAUUCUGAAAGGAAAUCACAGGUUGGUUCAAUGAAUAGAAAUGAGAAAAUAAGAACAUACAAUUAUCCACAAGACCGUAUCACAGAGCACAGAGAUGGUGGAGGAAGUUUGCACAAUCUGAAAGGUUUUAUGGAAGGUGGGGAACCGUUGGAACAAUUACAAACAUCCCUACUCAGACAUCAAAGGUACCAAAUUGUUAUGGCCGAAAUUAAUGAUUUUAAUCAAUACAAAAAAGAGACAGAAAACUAAUAAAAUAACUAUGUAAUUUAUUGAUCAAU